AUGAAGGGUGGUGAUGAGGUGAUAGCUUCGUCAGGGCCUUUGGAUUGGAGAUUCUCUCAGGUUUUCGGUGAACGCAGCGCUGGUGAAGAAGUUCAUGAAGUUGAUAUAAUUUCAGCGAUUGAGUUUGAUAAAUCUGGUGACCAUCUUGCAACUGGGGACCGUGGUGGACGUGUUGUUCUUUUCGAGAGAACGGAUUCUAAAAACACCAGUGGAUCUAGAAAAGAUCUUGAAGGAACGGACUAUCCAACGAGACACCCGGAGUUUCGUUAUAAAACUGAAUUUCAAAGUCAUGAACCUGAGUUUGAUUACCUCAAGAGUUUGGAGAUAGAGGAGAAAAUCAACAAAAUUAGAUGGUCUCAAACAGCGAAUGGUGCUCUUUUUCUCCUUUCAACAAAUGAUAAAACCAUCAAGUAUUGGAAGGUCCAAGAGAAAAAGAUCAAGAAAGUAUGUGACAUAAAUACAGAUUCUUCCAGAUCUCUUGGAAAUGGAAGUGUUGGAAGCUCAAGUAAUUCAAACAGUACAAACUCAUGCCUUACUAAUGGAGGAGUACCUGACAAUUAUUUAAGCAAUGGCUACACAUUUCCGCCAGGAGGCAUCCCAUCACUGCAAUUACCUACGGUAACUAUUAGCACUGAGACUAGCCCUGUGGCUAAAUGUCGAAGAGUGUACACUCAUGCUCAUGAUUAUCACAUCAAUUCAAUCUCAAACAAUAGUGACGGUGAGACAUUUAUUUCUGCUGACGAUUUGCGUAUAAAUCUUUGGAACCUGGAGAUAAGCAAUCAAAGUUUUAACAUUGUUGAUGUCAAGCCUGCGAAUAUGGAAGAUUUAACUGAGGUUAUCACAUCAGCCGAAUUUCAUCCAACACAUUGUAAUACCUUAGCGUAUAGCAGUUCGAAAGGCUCAAUUCGGCUAAUUGAUCUGCGACAAUCAGCUUUAUGCGACUCACAUUCCAAAUUGUUUGAGGACACAGAGACACCAACUUCUAGAUCAUUUUUCACUGAGAUAAUUGCUUCAAUUUCAGACAUCAAAUUCGCAAAAGGGGGAAGAUAUAUACUUAGCCGUGACUAUAUGACGCUUAAGUUGUGGGACAUCAACAUGGACUCUGGUCCAGUAUCAACUUUCCAGGUCCAUGAACAUUUAAGACCAAAGCUCUGUGAUUUAUAUGAAAACGAUUCCAUCUUCGACAAGUUCGAGUGUUGUCUAAGUGGUGACGGGUUGCGAGUGGCUACCGGUUCUUACAGCAAUCUCUUCCGUGUGUUUGGUGUUUCUCCGGGAAGUACUGAAACUAUCACCUUGGAAGCAAGCAAAAACCCAAUGAGGAGACAAGUCACAACUCCAGCGAAGCCGUCAAGACCAUCAUUGAGCAGUAUAACGCGUGCGGUUAGAAGAGGAGGAGCAGAGAGUCCCGUAGGCGAUGGGAAUGGUAAUUCUUUUGACCAUACAACCAAGUUACUGCAUCUCGCAUGGCAUCCAACAGAGAACUCGAUAGCUUGCGCUGCUGCCAACAGUUUGUACAUGUACUAUGCUUGAAAAAAAGAAUAUACUCAAAUGGAGAAAGAAGCUUGGCUACACUAGUGAAACUAAAGGAUCGAUCGGAGAUGCUCAUAUAACAACAUCUUCGUAUUACAGCUUAAAACUUGGUCCUUUAUAUGCUUUUGUUUGUAUCAUCAACUACAAAAAAAAAGGGAAUCCGAUUAGAAGAAAAAUCGUGAUUGUAGUUUUCUCUCACAUAACUUCUUGUGAGAGUUGUUUAUUUCGGAAAUAUUCUUGGAAUUAUAAAUAUUUUUGUUUUUCCAUAUAUUUU